AUGGCCGCAAGAGUGGUGGCACCACCGGAACAGCAGCAUGAGCGAGGGGAAAUAAAUGAAGGUGAUUUGUCAGUAUCAAUGUUCCUAACACCUAUAGUAGUACCCAUGGGCUCCAGUAUUGUGUACCUAGAUUUUGGGGUGAAUAAUUUUCAGAUCAGACUAGAUUGGAUUAACUUAAUGAGCAACACUCUGCAAUUCUACGGGCUACCUCAAGAGAAUCCGAACACACAUAUCUCCAGAUUUCUCAAAAAUUGUCUGAACUUCCAUACUCCAGGGGUCAAUGAAGAUGCUAUUAAAUUACAACUAUUUCCAUUUACAUUGAGAGAUGCUGCAUUGGAGUGGUUAGAUAUGGAGCCUCAUGCCAGCAUUACUACAUGGGAAGAACUGACUAGGAAAUUCUGCAACAAAUUCUUUCCACCGGCCAGAGUAGCUAAAAUCAUAUUGAAAAUUCAAACUUUUCAACAGAAAGAGGGAGAAAGCUAUCAUGAGUGGAUAUUAGGGAAAUCAGUGCAACAAACCAUGGACCUAUUUGAGUUAAUUGCCACCACACAUUCAAUGUUCUCAUUAGAAAGAGUGAUACCACCAAAGGCAUCAGGAUUGUGUGAAUUAGACAUCACAACAUCUACUAAUGCACAGAUAGCAACUUUAACAAAACAGGUAGAAUUACUUGUAAAAUUGCAAACACAUGGAGCAAAUGCAAUGAUGGCCAGUUCAGCAUGUGAGAAUUGUGGGAGAAAUCACGCUACAGAGAGCUGCAUGAUGCUCACUUCUUCAGAGGAACAAGUAAACUUUAUUCAAAAUAACUCUCGUAAUUUCAACUCAUAUGGUAAUAAUUUCCAGCAAGAAAGAAGACCAAGUUUGGGGGAGAUGUUUCAACAAUAUAUAGCACAACAAUUUGCAGAACCUCCACAAGGGACAUUGCCAGGCAAUACCAUGAUAAAUCCUAUGGAACAGUUGAUGACAAUUAAAGUAGUGGAGAACGAUCCACCCAGGGCCCCCGUAAAAGUUAAAGCAUAUAGCGAGGUACAAGCGCCAAAGAUCACUACAGAGAGAGCCAAAAGAAAAGAUGACAAAGAAGUGAUUGAUGAAGCUACAAGGGUAGAAAAAUCUGUACCAAACGCAACUGAAAAUGGAGAAAGUACAGAAACAUCAGUUGCCAAAGCACCAAGUCCGGACAAAACUUACAUGCCUCUCAUUUCCUUUCCUCAAAAACUCAAGAAGAACAAACAAGACACAUAUUAUAAAAAAUAUCUCGAUGUUCUCAAGAAACUCCAGAUCAAUGUUCCGUUCAUUGAUGCGAUACUACAAAUUCUAAGUUAUACGAAAUUUUUGAAAGAGAUGUUGACAAAGAAAAGAAAGCUUCCAGAGUUUGAAACGGUGGCAUUAACUGAGGAACAUAGUGCAAGAGUCCAGAGAAAAUUUCCUCCUAAAUUGAAAGAUCCAGAGAGUUUUAGUUUACCAAUUUCAAUUGGAAAUUCCUAUUCAAUUAGUGCAUUGUGUGACACUGGUGCUAGUAUCAAUCUAAUGUUGUAUUCUACUUACAGGAAAUUGGGUCUAGGUGAAGUCAACUCAACAUCAAUAACGCUACAACUAGCCGAUAGAACAAUCACAAAGCCACAGGACAAUGUUGAGGAUGUACUCGUAAAAAUAGGAAAUUUAAUAUUUUCUGUGGAUUUCAUUGUAUUGGAUAUACCAGAAGAUCGAGACAUUCCAAUUAUAUUGGGUAGACCAUUCUUCGUAACGGGAUGA